GGUACGACUGUCUUUGCCUCCACUCCUAUGGUUGGUGAACAGUUCUGGAUUCGUGGAGUUCAUAUCGACACACGACUGAUGAAUGAUGAAGCAGCCCCUGAUAAUGUCAUAAUCGGCGAGAUGACGGGCCUUGUAGAAUCAGAAAGUAAUAUAAGGGUUAAAACCGGUGCUGGGGACGAUGUUCUUCAGGUUACUGGAGUCGUCUGCAAUGGYUGGGGACAGGGAUGCUUUCAGGCCGAUUUGGGUUCCGGAGUCAACACGUUGUCUUUUCAAGGAAUGAACCCAGAAAGGUUAGAGUUCCCRGAUGACGUUGGAGAAAMCUUUAUAUUCACAGGAAUGCGAAUCUUUUUGGGAACUACAACAUCUAUUUUCUACAAGCUUAAAGAAUCGGAGCGCUCAAACGCAAUGCCAGCUUUGGGGAUUGGACAGAUUCUUGGUACCAGUGUAUUGUAUGACUCUCCAUUUGACGACGAAAUUUGGAUUCGUGAAACGAAAGAUUUUAUCGUCAAAAGUGACAGUGGGRACAACAUUUAUAUCAUUAGUAUUCAYAAUGAGAGGGACUUCACACAUACAAUAACAGAUGACUCAAGAACAAUUGGUACUAUAUAUCUGGUUGCAAAGUCACAAUUUGAACGAAAAUACCACAAAAUUGGAAAUUCAGAUGUCGUCUACAACAAGGAGACUCAAACAUUGGUUGUAUUUAUGAGAGACCCACAAAAAAGACACAAGCACACUGGCAGGAUCAUCCUCAAGCGAACAAAACCAGGCGAUAUAAGUCAAAUAAAGUUAUUUAUAGUUGAAGUAACUGGUGACAGCAAACCCGAAUGUCCUCAGAUUAAAGGYCUGCAUCGUCCUGGUCUUAAAUGCAGGAAUCCUGAACGCCUAGAUGAGGAAUUUAGAAGCAGAGAAAUUGGAAGCAAUCACAGGCUGAAUUAUAGAGCUUAUAUYGACGAUCGGCCUGUUCCAAGUGUUCCAUUUCUGUACAACCUAGACGUGGACUUGAUAACGCAACCCAUCCCUGGCCUUUGUGGAGAUUUUAUCAUUGUUCUUGGGAAUAGUGGCAGAGAGCCUAAAGUGGGAGAAACUAAACAACACACUCUACAACUACCAGCAAACUCGUUCCUUGUUCUUCACGAUGACUUCAUGGAUAAAUGGUCAGCUUAUGAUACCCUCAUGGCGUACYCRGUCCUCUACUAUAUCAAAGCAAAGMAAAAGCUCUAUUACGAGCUUCGCUCAAGUUCAUCRCGUGAACUGAGAGGRACAAUCGAAGUCAGUAUUCCUGAAGCAAAGCGCAUCGUGUUUGGAACCGCUGGAAGCUACCAGCUUCUAUUUGACUUAAAGCAUGAUGACAGGCYGGCCGUAAACUUGGCAAGCGAGUACAUYGGGCUAACAUCAAGGCCAAAAGAUGAGUACAAAUUUACAGAGGASUAUGUGGAUGAGRGUGAUAAGCCWAAGCAGAUCGUGCUUGGAGUCCCUGCAAAAACUCCCACASAMAAAAGAUGGAAGAUAACUUUAGGAGAAGCUAAAACCCAUGAAGAUGUGACUUAURAAGGCAAGGCGAGAGGUGACUACGCGGAAAAUUCACUGAUCAUUAACGAUGCCCUCUUGCAGCACCUAACAAGAGAAGGAAAUACAAUGARCAUAAAAUUCAAACCAGAUAAACAAAUCGAAAAUGGAUGGAGAAUUAUAGUGAAGGAAGGWRAUCAAACCAUCCAYCGAGCUUUAGUGACCGGGGCGAAUACCCUGGCAUAUCACGAUAAAUUGGUGAGAGUAAAUUUACAUGAUUUUAUUCAUGGAGAGAAGAAAUCGUUUUGUCUUCACAAAGUAUUGAAGAAAACAUUGGCUUCUAUCGAAAGCGAUAUUAACAUUGAAAAUAACAUGUUUAUUUAGGUGCAUUGCAUGGUUGCACAACUACGGAAACCAAAAAAGGAAU